GUGGGCGUGGUCAGCCCCGCCACGUGGCUGAUGGCGCCGCUGCUCGCCAUGGGCCUCACCGCCUACUACCGCUACGCCUCCGUCGACCCGGAGACACACCCCAUCAACGCGCGCAGUCUGCUGCCGGAGUACGAUUUCGUCGUCGUGGGGGGCGGCUCCGCGGGGGCGGUAGUCGCCAGCAGGCUAUCCGAGAUUCCCGGCUGGAAGGUGCUGCUGCUGGAGGCUGGAGGGGACGAGAACGAGGUGACGGACGUGCCGUCGCUGGCGGGCUACCUGCAGCUGUCGCAGUUCGACUGGAAGUACAAGACGGCGGCCGCGGGCCCCGACUCCCCCUACUGCCUCGCCAUGGUCGCCGACCGCUGCAACUGGCCGCGCGGAAAGGUGUUGGGCGGCUCCAGCGUGCUGAACGCAAUGAUCUACGUGCGGGGCAACCGGCGCGACUACGACCGCUGGGCCCAGCUGGGCAACCCGGGCUGGAGCUACGACGAGGUGCUGCCGUACUUCAAGAAGUCGGAGGACCAGCGCAACCCCUACCUGGCCAGGACGGCCUUCCACUCCACAGGGGGGCUGCUCACCGUGCAGGAGGCGCCCUGGCGCUCGCCGCUCGCCGUCGCCUUCGUGCAGGGGGGCCAGCAGCUGGGCUACGAACACCGCGACUGCAACGGCGAGCGCCAGACGGGCUUCAUGAUCGCGCAGGGCACCAUCCGGCGCGGCUCGCGCUGCUCCACGGCCAAGGCCUUCCUGCGGCCCGUGCGGCUGCGCAAGAACCUGCACGUGGCCAUGCACGCCCACGCCACCAAGCUGCUGUUCGAGGGCGGCCGCGCCGUCGGCGUCGCGUUCAUGCGAGACGGCGCCCAGCAGGCGGUGCGGGCGAAGCGCGAGGUGGUGCUGUCUGCGGGCGCCAUCAACUCGCCGCAGCUGCUGAUGCUGUCCGGCAUCGGGCCGGCGGAGCACCUGCGCGAGCUCGGCAUCCCCGUGGUGCGCGACCUCAAGGUGGGCCACAACCUGCAGGACCACGUGGGGCUCGGCGGGCUCACCUUCGUCGUCGACAAGCCAGUCACCUUCACCAGGGCCCGCUUCCAGACGGUGCCGGUGUUCCUGGAGUACGUGCUGAACGAGCGCGGCCCGCUCACGUCGCUGGGGGUGGAGGGCGUGGCCUUCGUCAACAGCAGGUUCGCCAACCACUCGGACGACUGGCCCGACGUGCAGUUCCACUUCGCGCCCAGCUCCAUCAACUCGGACGGCGGCGAGCAGAUACGCAAGAUCCUGGGCCUGCGGGACGGCGUGUUCAACACGGUGUACAAGCCGCUGCUCAAGGCGGAGACGUGGACCAUCCUGCCGCUCCUGCUGCGGCCGCGCAGCGCCGGCUGGGUGCGCCUGCGCUCCGCCAACCCCGCCCACCACCCGCUCAUCGUGCCCAACUACUUCGCGCACCGCGAGGACGUCGACACGCUCAUCGAGGGAAUCCGCAUCGCGGUGAACCUGUCGUCGACGCCGGCGUUCCAGCAGUUCGGCUCUCGGCUGCACAGGAUCCCGCUGCCGGGCUGCGCGCAGCUCGCCUUCGCCUCGGACGAGUACUGGGAGUGCGCGCUGCGCCACUUCACCUUCACCAUCUACCACCCGGUCGGCACCUGCAAGAUGGGCCCCGCCUCCGACCCCGGCGCCGUCGUCGACGCCCGCCUCCGCGUGCACGGCGUGCCCGGCCUGCGCGUCGUCGACGCCUCCGUCAUGCCGCACAUCGUCAGCGGCAACCCCAACGGGCCCGUCAUCAUGAUCGGCGAGAAGGCGUCCGACAUGAUCAAGGAGGACUGGAAGGACUUCAGUAGACUAGGAAACGAGACGGUGGUCGCCGGUCACAGACUCGACUCGCCCCGCCCCCUGAGCCCCGGGCUCAGGCGCGGCCCACGUGGGGCGGCGCAGCCACUCCCUGCCGGCGGCGGGCGGCGGGCGGCGCCACGGCGGACCGUCCGCGUAAAGGCGGGCUUUCUCGACACGGGCCAGCUCAGCUCAGCUCAUCCCUGCUGCCUCCAGCUUUCCCUCUCGCUGAGCCACCGCUCAGAAUCAGCCGGCUGCCGCCGGCUGACGUCAUGCUUCGGGCAGGUCGCACUGCGCUGCAUUGUUAUUGGUGGUGGUGGUGGUGGUGGUGGUGGUGGUGGUAGUGGUGUUGGCGGCGGCGGCGGCGGCGGCGUUGAGUGUGGGCGCGACUGCCGGCGGCUGCUGGCGGCACCGGCCCCGACGCCCACGCCCGGGACGAAGGCCGGACUCCAGCGGAGAAAGCCGCGCAGUGCGGCCGGCGGAACGGCCGCCACCUCAACAGCGGGCCGCGGCCGAUCGAGCGAUACGGGAGGCUCUCCGCCAGGUGGCUGCCCCCGCUUUCCACCUUGCGCUACCUCGCCACAUAGCCUAAAAAGGAAAGUUGUGAAGGAAAAGAUCGUGCGCUCGCUGCCUCUACGUAUGAAGAGGAACUUCAGGCAAAUUCUUGAAGAUCAAAACAACAACAGCGCCAUUCCGAGUCAUUUCUCAGUAGAAACAUCAGCGCUGAUAUGGCUUCGAGCGCGGACCGUUGCGAAGAAGCGAAGGAGGUGGCGGGUGGCCGCGCGGCAGAGCUGGCCCUACCGGCGCCGCCACGCAGCCCGCCCUCCACCCGUGACCGACCAGCAGCAGCCGUCGGACUUGGAGGUGGCUGCUGGUCUGUCCUCGAGCAGUCGUCAUGCGGCCGUUGCUUCGGAUGCAGCAGCGAGUAGUGCGGUGGACCUCCGCUCAGCAGAGCUUGCUCUGUUGGAGGCCUCACCCUACCCGCUGCCUACGGUGGACCGGUGCAGAGACUCGGAGAAUGAGAAGAACGGCACUACUGGACUGGAUCGUCCGCCAUCUACGACUUUACGACUCGGAAAGAAAGGCGCAACACUGCAGAGGUAG